UGCCAGAAAGAGCCGUGAAGAUAGCGUGUUUUCUUUUCUUUUCUUUUCCUGGCUUCCGAAGAAAGCCGAAGCUUUCAAGCAACCUAGCGAAUCUCCAGCUACUAAUAUGUGAUCUCAGUUCAAGACUCGGAAAUAUCGAAUUUCUCAUGAAAGCUUCCUAAUUUCAGAAAUCAUAUCUGGACAUGGAAAUUUUGUCCUGCCAUUCUGUGCCAUGUUGUCAUCUUGUGAAUUUAAGGGGUAAACUGCUUGGCGGAAAAAGGCCUUCUUCUGUAAGGAAUGGUGGAGUUUUAUGUGUCAUGAUCAGUUCCAGUGGGGGAGAUAUCAGUCCUAAACUAGAUCAUCUUCACUCGGCAAACCUUACUCGGAAUUUGGCUUCUCAACCAUAUAAAGCUUUUGACAGGGUUCAGAAUGCUGAUUUGAGGGUCUUUAGUGGCUACAACUCUCAUAUAGUUGAUAAGGAAGGGGAUCUGAGGAAUGUCAUUGAAAGUGGUGAGCCAGUUACUAAAGUGUUGAUUCCUGGUUUGCCAGAUGAAUCUAAUGGUGAUCCUGGUGCUUCAAUUAGCAGUUGUUUUUGGGAGUGGAAGCCCAAGUUCAAUGUUCAUUAUGAAAAAUCGGGAUCCAAGAAUGUUAAUUCCCCACCAGUGCUCUUUCUUCCUGGUUUUGGUGUUGGAUCCUUUCAUUAUGAGAAGCAACUAAAUGACUUAGGCCGUGAUUUUAGAGUAUGGGCCAUAGACUUUCUUGGACAGGGCAUGUCCUUGCCAGUUGAAGAUCCUACUCAAUCUAAGGAUGCAGGUAGUUUAGCAAAAGGAAAUUCCAUGUGGGGCUUCGGAGAUAAAACUCAACCUUGGGCUAAUGAGCUUGUUUACUCUAUUGACUUAUGGCAGGACCAAGUUCAGUAUUUCAUAAAAGAGGUCAUUAAGGAACCAGUUUAUGUGGUGGGCAACUCACUUGGAGGAUAUGUUGCACUCUACUUUGCAGCAUGCAACCCCGAACUUGUGAAGGGCGUUACUUUACUCAAUGCAACACCUUUCUGGGGAUUUCUCCCUAACCCUAUGAGAUCUCCAAAACUGGCAAGAAUGUUUCCGUGGGCUGGGACUUUUCCUCUGCCUGCUAGUGUCAGAAAGCUCACAGAAAUAGUUUGGCAGAAAAUAAGAGAUCCUGGAAGUAUUGCUGAGGUACUUAAGCAAGUUUAUGCAGAUUACUCAACAAAGGUUGAUAAGGUAUUUUCCCGCAUACUUGAGACAGCAGAACAUCCAGCAGCAGCUGCAUCCUUUGCAUCCAUUAUGUUUGCUCCUCAGGGACAACUGUCCUUCAGGGAGGCUUUAUCUAGGUGUCAAAUGAACAAUGUACCAAUCUGUCUCAUGUAUGGAAAAGAAGACCCAUGGGUGAAGCCUGUCUGGGGUCUUCAGGUCAAGAGACAGCUGCCAGAAGCUCCGUAUUAUCAGAUCAGUCCUGCUGGUCACUGCCCUCAUGAUGAAGUUCCUGAGGUUGUAAACUACCUGCUCCGCGGAUGGAUCAGAAACCUUGAGUCUCAGGGUUCCAUUGCGCUGCCUCUACUCGAUGGCCCCGAAUGCGUCCAGUAUGACAUCGCCCGCGACUUGGAAUUCUUGAGAGAGGGGUCAAGUAGAUCAGUGAGGGUGCAGUUCUUUGGCUCAAGCUUCUCUCUGUGGAACCAGAUAAGCUCGUUUGUCAAAACCCGCUUUGACAAUCUUAGAACUUAACAUGUAUACGUGGAAGUGGAAAUGUUCCAUGUAUUGAUGUGUUGGGGGGGGGGGGGGGGGGGGGGGGGUGUUG